AUGGUACCUUUAGACCCCGAAGCUUCACGACACACUACCUUAGGAUUAUUAACAAAAGCCAAAAGAUUUAUAAAGAGCUUAGAAGAGCGGGAGAAGAGGCAUUGGAGUCACAAAGAGCAGCUCGCCCGGGAGCAGCGCUACCUGCGGAGACGGCUCGCGCAACUGCGAGCGGCGCACCGGGACGCGCGCACUCUCUCCGAGAGCUCGCUGCCUCACGCGCACUCCACCAGGACCGACUCCUUCUCCUCCCUAGAAUCCUCCUCGGGAGUCUCCACCGCGGAACGAUCGCCCUCCUCCGUAUCUGAAAGUGAUGAAGUGGACGUGAUCGGCUACACGUCGAACCCGAGUGACUGUGAGUCGCUGGUGUCUGGGCACAGUGGUGACAGCGGCGUACCGCGCAGCGUUACACGCUCCAGGUGGGCGAAACGUGGCGCGAGCGCAAGCGCGGGUCGGAAUUCGUCGCAAGCGUUGUAA